ACGCCUCGCCUGCCUGCCUGCCACUGCCGGUGCCCGCCUCCACCCCUGCCUCUCAUGCCCGGGCCCCUGCCAGGCUCCCCUGCCGUGCCGUGCCCCUGCCAGCCCCACCACGCCACCCCCAGGACCUUGGGGUCCGUCCACCUCCGCCCACAGCGAGCGCGCGAGUGAGUGCCAUGCCCGCCUGACAAGUGCCCCGCGCGAAGUGCCAGGCUAGCGUGCCCUCGUUGCUGGUGCCCGAGAGAGGCGAGCCGCCAUGCCGUUCCCUCUGCCGCCGCUGUCCGGGGUGCGCGAGGGCGCCUCGGCGCUGUGGACGGGCGUCAAGGGCGCCAUGCCCGAGUCGUGCCUGGCCGGGCCCGACGAACGCCUCCAGUUCGCAAAGUUCGGCCGCAAGCGCGGCGACGUCGAGAUGACGGCCGUGAACAGCGCCGAGGGAGCCCCCGAGGGCGCCGAGGGGGGCCCGCCGGGGGACCAGCCGCCCCUGCAGAGGGAGGCGUCCGUGGGCAGCGUGUCCACGGUCGGGGUGGAGUGUCAGGACCACGACAUGAUCACGGAGUGGCAGGCGGGCUGGAACGUCACCAACGCCAUCCAGGGCAUGUUCAUAGUCUCCCUCCCCUACGCUGUGCUACACGGGGGCUACUGGGCUCUCGUAGCCAUGAUCGGCAUAGCCUACAUCUGCUGCUACACCGGCAAGAUCCUGGUCGACUGCCUCUACGACCUGGACGAGAAUGGGCAGCUGGUGCGGGUGCGCUACUCGUAUAAGGGCAUCGCCAAGGAGGUGUUCGGACAGAAGUGGGGCGGGAAGAUCGUCAACACGGCUCAGCUGAUCGAGCUCCUGAUGACGUGCAUCCUGUAUGUGGUCCUUUGCGGUGACCUGAUGAUCGGCAGCUUCCCCGACGGGCCGAUCGACGCCCGUUCGUGGAUGAUGAUCUGUGGCAUCAUACUCCUGCCGUGCAGCUUCCUCAAGAACCUGCACCACGUGUCUACGCUGUCCUUCUGGUGUAUGGUGGCCCACUUGGCCAUCAACAUCAUCAUCUUCGCGUACUGCAUCAGCAACGCGUCCACGUGGGCCUGGUCCAAGGUCAUGUUCCGCAUCGACAUGGUGGAGUUCCCCAUCGCCCUCGGCAUCAUCGUGUUCAGCUACACGUCGCACAUCUUCCUGCCGACGCUCGAGUACAACCUGAUCGAACGGUCCAAGUUCACGUGCAUGCUCAACUGGAGCCACAUCGCCGCCGCGCUCUUCAAGUCGCUGUUCGGCUACGUGGGCUUCCUGACCUGGGCAGAGGACACGGAGGAGGUCAUCACCAACAACCUGCCCAACCCGACGUUCAAGGGCUUCGUCAACCUCAUCCUGGUGGUGAAGGCGCUGCUGUCGUACCCGCUGCCCUACUACGCCGCCUGCGAGAUCAUCGAGAUCACCUUCUUCCGCGGGCGCCCCAAGACGUCGUUCCCGUCCGUCUGGGCGCUCGACGGCGAGUUAAAGGUGUGGGCCAUCGGCAUCAGGGUGAUCGUGGUCGUGUUCACCAUCAUGAUGGCCAUCUCCAUCCCGCACUUCGCCAUCCUGAUGGGCCUGAUCGGCUCCUUCACGGGCACCAUGCUGUCCUUCAUCUGGCCGUGCUACUUCCACCUCAAGAUCAAGGAGGGUAAGCUCGAGUGGGGCGACAUCGCCUACGACUGGUUCGUCAUCUUCCUCGGCUUCAUCUUCGGCAUCAUCGGCAUCACCACGUCCUUCUACGCGCUGGUGGAGGCCUUCCACAUCGGCCUGCCCUUCUAGUGGCCUUCUGGAGCCGCGUGGGCGUCCGGGGCCGAGGGGGUCGUGGGCGGAAGUCGCCUCAGCGCGGAGCCGACCCGCCACAAGGACCUUCACGUUCGGCCGGAAGAAUACAACACAAAGGCAAAAGAUGCAGAUGCAGGCACAGAAGGCAGUCGAGCGCGAUUUUCGGCAACUGCAAAAGCACUAGCUGGCAGCAGAGGCUCAGUAGAGACUCGGCAGACGUCAGCAGUCUCGACGAGGAUCAGUCUAACAAUAAUUACCUGGCAGGUUAAACCAGGCUCAACGUGUCUUCCAGGGAGGUGCUCCCAACUCCUCAGAGGUUACCCGCGCGGUAACCAUGGCAACCAAGUCUUCCAGUAACAGUGAUUAAGUUUAGUUCAAGUGUGUUACUUAUAAAAGUGUUGAACAGUUGUGUUCAUAAACGAACAUUGAGUAAUUGUGUCAAAGAUGCAAGAGUAGUUCGCAGAAAUAUAAAUUUAGGCAACAAAUGUACCAAAAAAGUAUUAAAAUAGGCCAGAAUAAAACCUGGAAAGCGAGUGUAGAAGUACACAUCUCUGCCAAGAGAUACAAGAGUAGUGUACAGCUGUGCCAAUUAAUGCUGCAAGUGUAGGACACCAGGAAUUCAGGACAGUGACAUUUAAAACAGCGAAUUUGCAAGGGGACUUUCCGGGGCCGAAGUGACGUCAUGGAUUUCAACCACAGUUCUUUAUGAUAUAUCUUCGCGCUUUGUUUUGUAAUACUCAAAGGCGAUGCGAUCCCUCAUACAGAGGCAUACAAGUACUGACUCACAUGCAGAGUUGUACACAUACAUACAAAAAGUACACACCUACACUCACACUCACACUCAAGGAGUCACACACCCUAUGCAUCUACACACACACACACACACAUACCCACAUACAUGUAAAGUUCAUGUACCCAAACACCAUCGCCUACGCCCACAGAGCCGCAGAGACCCGAUGCCUCCGUCCCCUUGCAAGUUCGCGGGGCUGUCCGAGGUGAAGCAGAAUGGCACCAGUGAUAAAAGUGUAAACCAUGUCUUCCAUUUCUCAGUGUGAUUAAGUGCAUAUCAGGUGGACGAGUGAGGUGAGUCAUGAGUCGAGUGGAGCGACCGCACGACCGCCGUGAGUCACCCACGCCGAGUCGCCUAGUUGUUAGCCUGUUCUCUUGUGUGUGUGGAGAGAGAGGUCUGGUUCUCGAGGGAAAAGGAAGCCGUGAAGUUCCAGAUAAGAGCGCUGACAUAUGGUCGUCGUUUGGCUCUUUUUCUUUUUUUUAAUGUGCGAGGCGUGUGAGGAGGAGAGGGGAGGAGGAGAUGGGUUAAGGAAGAGAAAGAAAUUCAGAAAAAAAGGAAAAACAUUCAUAAUGUGGGUUCAUUCCAACCCAUAUCCAGUCCUUUUGCUUUCGCUUUUUUCUUUUCUCUCGCUUCCUCUUUCUCUUCCACUGAUGUCGUUAUUCUUGUAAAGUGAGUACCAACAAUUAAUCACUCCUCUGGCCUAAAACCUCUCCUCCACCCUUUCCUCCACCCUUUCCUUCCACCUCUUCCACCCUCGUCUGGAGAUAAGAACGCUAUUACUCGAUCAAUCUUUGGGUCAAGGGUCACUCGCCCUCUCUCUCUCUGGUGUCGGGAUUCUUCUUUUUUCUCUUCUGUUAUUUCCGUGGGCGAUUUUUUUCCUUUCUUUCUUUCUCUCUUUUUCAUGGAGGAGCAAGGAUAAAAAAAAUGAUGAAAAGGGAACGAAGAAAGAGAGAUAGGUGGAGUUUGGUUUUCUACUCCGUUCUGAAAAUAGAUAAAAUCAGUCUUUAAAGGAUAGGCUAACGAAAUAGACAGAUAAAAGGUAAGUGAAAAAGAAGUUAAAACAAAAAAGGGGCUA